AGCUGACCACGGGCCAAGCGUCCCAGUGCCUUGGCAGCUCAGAGGACAGGAGAACAACAGGACGCGUGUGGGGACCCUGGAGACCGGCAAGUUCCACGUGGCCUGUCAUCCUGUCGUCACCGAGGAGCCUGGCCCUCUGAACUCCAAGAUGGGAGGCAAACUGAGCAAGAAGAAGAAGGGCUACAAUGUGAAUGACGAGAAGGCCAAGGACAAAGAUAAGAAGGCCGAGGGCGCGGGGACCGAAGAGGAGGGGACCCCCAAGGAGAGCGAACCCCAGGCUGCGGGCGAGCCCACAGAGACCACGGAGACCAAGGAGGAGAAGCCGGACAAGGAUGCCCAGGAGGCCGAGGGCAAGGCCGAAGACAAGGAAGGCGACAAAGACGCGUCGGUGGCCGCGGAGGAAGCGCCCAAGGCCGAGCCCGAGAAGACGGAGGGGGCCGCCGACGAGCAGCCCGAGCCCGCCCCGGCCGCCGAGCAGGAGCCCGCGGCCGGCCCCGGCCCCGCUGCCGGCGGCGAGGCCGCCAAAGCUGCCGAGGCCGGGGCGGCGGCGCCGGCGGAAGGCACGGCGCCCCCUGCCGGGGACGACGCAGGCAAGGAGGAAGGGGACCCCAAAAAGACUGAGGCUCCCGCAGCUCCCGCCGCCCAGGAAACGAAAAGUGACGGGGCCCCAGCUUCAGACUCAAAACCUAGCAGCACUGAGGCUGCCGCCUCAAGCCAGGAGACGCCAGCAGCCACGGAAGCACCUAGUUCUACACCGAAGGCCCAGGCACCUGCAGCCCCGGCAGAGGAGCUAAAACCUGCCGAGGGCCCGGCUGCUAAUUCGGAUCAAACCGUAGCCGUGAAGGAGUAGGAACAAGGACAGCCUAUGGGAAAGAUAAUUCUGCUUAACGAAACAAUCUCUCUCUUCUCUCUCUGUCUCUCUCACUCUCUCUUCCCCGCUCUCCCCCUCUCCACCCUCCCUCUCCUCUCUCUGACUCGCUGUCUCUCUCUCUCUGUCCUAUACUAACUUGUUUCAAAUUGGAAGUAAGGAUAUGUAUUGCCCAAGGGAAAAAUUAAAAAUAAGGAUGUCCCAUCAAGGGAGGGAGGGGUAGGGAGAAUCCAAAUAGUAUUUUUGUGGGGAAAUAUCUACUAUACCUUCAGUCAACUUUACCAGUAAGUCCUGGAGCUAAAGAUCAGUGUCUGAAAGUACAGUCCAUCCUUUGUAGCUGAACUGCUCUUACAGGCACUCCGCCCUGAGACCCGAGUGUCUGUUCCUUUACAGUGGGAGUUGCGAGUGAUGCGUUUGGUUUUGCCCGCAGGGCCUGUGCCAAGGCAAUCAGAUCUUUAUGAAAGCAGUAUUUUCUGUGUUUCUUUUUGAUUUACAGCCUUUCUUAUUUUGAUAUUUUUUUAACGUUGUGGAUGAAUGCCAACUUUCAGACAGAGCCCACCUAGCUGUCCACAUGUAUCUCGAUGCCAAGCCUCCAUUCUGCCUCUCCAGAUAUUUUUGGGAGUAACAAACAUCCUCUCAUCCUACUUAGCCUACCUAGAUUUCUCAUGACGAGUUAAUGCAUGUCCGUGGUUGGGUGCACCUGUAGUUCUGUUUAUUGGUCAGUGGAAAUGAAAAAAAAAAAAAGUCUGCGUUCAUUGCAGUUCCAGUUUCUCUUCCAUUCUUGUGUCACAGACACCAACACUCCACUCAUUGGAAAAUGGAAAAAAAAAUAAAAAAAAAAACAAAAAAAAAGUACAAUGGAUGCAUUGAAAUUAUAUGUAAUUGUAUAAAUGGUGCAACAGUAAUAAAGUUAAACAAUUAAAAAGUACUAAA